AUGUCCUCAGUCUCUGUUGGCCAGUCUGCCCGAGUCGGGCUGCCGAGGCUGGGCAACCAGCUUUGGCGAACCCGCAUGUCAACCAGACGCAAUCUAUCAUCCUACUUGGUUACGCCCAAAGAGCUUCACGAGGCCCUGAAGAAGAACCCCCCCUCUCCGAUAAGCCCCGAUGCUCGAGUGAUUCCCCUAUGCGCCGCAUGGUUCCUCCCCAAUGAUGAACGGACCGGUAUCCAAGUCUUUCGCGAGCAGCGCAUCCCAAAGGCGCGCUUUUUUGACCUGGACAAAGCCAUCGACAAGCGCAGCCCAUAUCCUCACAUGCUACCAGAUGGCAAAGGCUUUGCCGCGGCCGUGAGCGAAUUGGGCAUUCGACGAGAGGACGUGGUUGUUGUCUACGAUACGAAAGAGCUUGGCAUCUUCAGCGCCCCUCGUGUAGCAUGGACAUUCAGGAUAUUUGGCCAUCCCAGAGUUCACAUCCUAAACAACUUCAAGCAGUGGGUUGCUGAGGGGUACCCCACCGAGUCCGGAGAGCUAUACAAUGUUGAAUGCAACCCAUACCCUAUCCCGGAGCUUGUAUCGGAGAGAGUUGCCAGCUUCGAAGAGGCCAGAGAAGUGGCUUUGGACUCCAACAAAGAGGGGGCAGAAGGUAUUCAGGUCUUGGAUGCUAGGCCCAGUGGCCGCUUUACUGGCAAGGACCCUGAGCCUCGCGAGGGUCUAUCCUCGGGACACAUGCCAGGAUCAAUCAGCGUGCCUUUCAGUGCUGUCUUGGAUCCUGAAACCAAGAUGUUCUUGCCUGCAGAUCAACUGAAGAAAGUCUUUGAGGAGAAGGGAGUCGAUCCGAACAAACCCAUCAUCUCUACCUGCGGAACUGGUGUCACUGCAUGCGCCAUUGACACUGCCUUGGAAGUAGCAGGAUAUCCCAACUCUAGAAAGGUUUAUGAUGGUGGCUGGACUGAAUGGGCUCAGCGGGUUCAGCCGUCGGAGAAUUUGAUCCUCAAGUCAGAGUAG